CUGAGGGCUGGGUUCUCCUUGUUCACAGGUGAGUCACGCCCCGAAACACGGGCUCUCUUCCUGUCAGGUCUGAGUCAGGGAGAAGAGUCGAUAAAACCACCUGAUCCAGGUGGAAGGAAGGCACACAGCGGGGCGAAGACUCAGUGCCCCGCAGCCACAGCAGCAAUGAGCGAGCGCGUCGGCCUGGCCAUGCCUGCGCUCUGGUUCAGCUGCUGCCUCGGUGUCGCUCUCCUGCUGCUCCCAGCCCAGGCCACCUCCCGGAGGGAAGUCUGUGACUGCAAUGGGAAGUCCAGGCAGUGUGUCUUUGAUCAGGAGCUCCAACGACAGACGGGCAGUGGGUUCCGGUGCCUCAACUGCGAGGACAACACAGCCGGGGUCCGCUGUGAGAGGUGCAGGGAGGGGUUCUACCGGCAGCGAGCCAGAGACCGCUGCCUACCCUGCAACUGCCACUCCAAAGGUUCUCUCGCUGCUGGAUGUGACAACUCUGGACAGUGCAGGUGUAAACCAGGUGUGACAGGACACAGGUGUGACCGAUGUCAGCCAGGCUUCCAUACGCUCACUGAUGCUGGCUGCACCCGGGACCAGAGACAACUAGAUUCCAAGUGUGACUGUGACCCAGCUGGCAUCUCUGGAGCCUGUGAUUCUGGCCGCUGUGUCUGCAAACCAGCUGUCACUGGGGAACGCUGUGAUAGGUGCCAGCCAGGCUACUACCAUCUGGACAGGGCAAACCCUGAGGGCUGUACCCAGUGCUUCUGCUAUGGGCAUUCAGCCACCUGCCACAGCUCUGCAGACUUCAGUGUCCACAAGAUCACCUCAACUUUCUAUCAGGAUGCCGAUGGUUGGAAAGCAGUUCAGAGAAAUGGAGCUCCUGCAAAACUCCACUGGUCACCUCGCCAUCAGGAUGUGUUUAGUUCUGCCCGAAGAUCGGACCCAGUCUAUUUCGUGGCACCUGCCAAAUUUCUCGGAAAUCAGCAAGUGAGCUAUGGGCAGAGCCUGUCCUUUAACUACCGUGUGGACAGAGGAGGUCGACACCCGUCUGCCUACGAUGUGAUCCUGGAAGGUGCCGGUCUCCAGGUCAGAGCUCCUCUGAUGCCACUUGGCAAGACGCUUCCUUGUGGAAUCACGCAUACUUACACGUUCAGAUUAAAUGAACACCCCAGCAGUCGCUGGAGCCCCCAGCUGAGUUAUUUUGAGUAUCGGCGGUUACUGCGGAACCUCACAGCCGUGCUGAUCCGAGCUACGUAUGGCGAGUACAGUACGGGGUACAUUGACAACGUGACCCUGAUUUCAGCCCGGCCUGUCUCUGGAGCCCCAGCACCCUGGGUUGAACGUUGUGUAUGUCCUGUUGGAUACAAGGGACAGUUCUGCCAGGACUGUGCCUCUGGCUACAAGAGAGAUUCUGCAAGACUGGGGCCUUUUGGCACCUGUAUUCCCUGUAACUGCCAAGGGGGAGGGACCUGUGAUCCAGACACAGGAGAUUGCUACUCAGGGGACGAGAACCCUGACAUUGAGUGUGCCGACUGCCCCAUUGGUUUCUACAAUGACCCACACGACCCCCGCAGCUGCAAGCCGUGCCCCUGUCACAACGGGUUCAGCUGUUCAGUGAUGCCCGAGACAGAGGAGGUGGUGUGCAACAACUGCCCCCCUGGGGUCACAGGUGCCCGCUGUGAGCUCUGUGCUGAUGGCUACUUUGGGGAUCCCUUUGGGGAACGUGGCCCGGUGAGGCCAUGUCAGCGCUGCCAGUGCAACAAUAACGUAGACCCCAGUGCCUCUGGGAACUGUGACCAGUUGACAGGCAGGUGUUUGAAGUGCACGUACAACACAGCUGGUUUCCACUGUGACCAGUGCAAAGCAGGUUACUUUGGAGACCCAUUGGCUCCCAACCCAGCAGACAAGUGUCGAGCUUGCAACUGCAACCCCGUGGGCUCGGAGCCUGGAGAGUGUCGAAGUGACGGCAGCUGCGUUUGCAAGCCAGGCUUUGGAGGCCUUAACUGUGAGCCUGCGGCCCUCACCAGUUGUCCUGCUUGCUACAAUGAAGUGAAGAUUCAGAUGGACCAGUUUGCCCAGCAGCUCCAGAGCCUGGAGGCCCUGGUUUCAAAGGCUCAGGGUGGUGGCGGCACAGUCCCCAAUGCAGAGCUGGAAGGCAGGAUGCAGCAGGCAGAACAGGCCCUUCGGGACAUUCUUAGAGAAGCCCAGAUUUCAGAAGGUGCUAAGCGAGCCCUCAGCCUCCAGCUGGCCAAGGCAAGGAGUCAAGAGAACAGCUACCGGAACCGCCUGGAUGACCUCAAGAUGGCUGUGGAAAGGGUUCGGGCCCUGGGCAGUCAGUAUCAGAACCGAGUGCAGGAUACCAGCAGACUCAUCUCUCAGAUGCACCUGAGCCUGACAGAAAGUGAAGCUUCCCUGAAAAACACUAACAUCCAUUCCUCAGAGCACUAUGUGGGGCCAAAUGGCUUUAAAAGCCUGGCUCAGGAGGCCGCAAGAUUGGCAGACAGCCAUUCUGAGUCGGCUAACACAAUGAAGCAACUAACAAGGGAAACUGAGGCCUAUUCCAAACAAGCGCUCUCAUUGGCACGCAAGGCUCUGAGUGGAGGAAGUGGAAGCAGCAUCCCGGACAGCUCCGUGGUACAAGGUCUUAUAGGAAAAUUAGAGAAAACCAAGUCCCUGGCCCAGCAGUUGUCCAGGGAAGGCACCCAAGCCAACACUGAAGCUGAUAGGUCUUAUCAACACAGUCUCCGCCUCCUGGAUUCAGCAUCUCAGCUUCAGGGAAUCAAUGAUCUGUCCUUUCAGGUGGAAGCAAAGAGGAUCAGACAGAAAGCUGAUUCUCUCUCAAACCUGGUGACCAGACAAAUGGAUGCGUUCACACGUGUGCAAAACAAUCUGGGGAACUGGGAAAAAGAAACACAGCAGCUCUUACAGACUGGAAAGGACAGGAGACAGACUUCAGAGCAGCUGCUUUCCCGUGCCAACCUUGCUAAGAGCAGAGCCCAAGAAGCACUGAGUAUGGGCAACGCCACUUUUUAUGAAGUUGAGAAUAUCUUGAAGAACCUCAGAGAAUUUGAUCUGCAGGUUGAAGAUAGAAAAGGAGAGGCUGAAGAGGCCAUGAAGAGACUCACCUAUAUUAGCCAGAAGGUUGCAGAUGCCAGUGACAAGACCCAGCAAGCAGAAACAGCUCUGGGGAGCGCUACUGCCGACACCCAACGGGCAAAGAACGCAGCUAGCCAGGCCCUGGAGAUCACCGGCGAGAUAGAGCAGGAGAUAGGGAGUCUGAACCUGGAAGCCAAUGUGACAGCAGAUGGGGCUUUGGCCAUGGAAAAGGGACUGGCCACUCUGAAGAGUGAGAUGAGAGAGGUGCAGGGAGAGCUGGCCAAGAAGGAGCUGGAGUUUGACGCAGAUAAAGACUCAGUGCAGCUGGUGAUUACGGAAGCCCAGCAAGCUGAUGCCAGAGCCAAAAGUGCCGGAGUCACAAUCCAAGACACGCUCGACACACUGGACAGCAUCCUACACCUGAUAGACCAGCCUGGCAGUGUGGAUGAGGAAGGGCUGCUGUUGUUAGAACAAGAGCUGUUCCGAGCCAAGACCCAAAUCAACAGCCGGCUGCGGCCCUUGAUGUCUGAGCUGGAGGAGAGGGCGCGUCGACAGAGAAACCACCUCCAUCUGCUGGAGACAAGCAUAGAUGGGAUUCUGGCUGAUGUGAAGAACCUGGAGAACAUUCGAGACAACCUGCCCCCAGGCUGCUACAAUACUCAGGCUCUUGAGCAACAGUGAAGCCACCGUAGAGAUCGGUCCACUGCGGUGAGGGACACAGACCUCAGGGGUCAGGAGGCAUCUCGUGCAGAUGGGCUGGGCUCAGGAUAUUUGAAGAUGUUUAAUGGGUUUGUGCGGGUCUCUCAGACCCAAUUCCAUCCCUGGUGACCCGUGGGUACGUGGAUGUCUUCCUGUACCAAUAUGGUACUGUCUGCUCCCUGAUGCUGGCUGACAACGGGGCGGACAGCGUUGGCUAUGAGACCGAUCAGGGACCAACUGCACCAACAAAUGUUGACCUCAGAACAGUCAUAAACUGAGUCCUGGGAUAUAAAAAAGUUCUGCGGCAUAUGUCAGGACAGGAAAUCUAAUCCCACUGUGGCCAGUAAAGCAUUCUUGCUUUACCCACUAUAAGUUCUUGUUGACCAGAUUUCCUCCACUGCCCACCCAGUACACAAGUAUGUCCUCUACUUUCAAGCUGAGUGCUGUUAGAAAUGGUGGGCCUAGGACCUGGGAGAU